GAGACGAAUCUUUUGAGCCUAAUUAGUCAAUAUUUAGACAAUAAUUCACAAAUACAAACGAAACGCUACAGUGUUGCUACAGUAAUUUGGCACCUCCCAAAUUCACAAAGUAAACAAGGGCUCAGUCACGCACCACCAUGUCCAUCCACUCCGUCCCACAUCAGCGCCGGCGUCCAUGAAGGAGAAGAACGCCAUGGCGCCCAAGGCGGAGCAGCGACAGACCGUGGUGAUGUACCCGAGCUUCGGCGAGGGCCACAUCAUCCCCAUGACGGAGCUCGCCAAGGUCCUCCUCCGCCGCGGCCUCGACGUCACCAUGGUGCUCAUCGAGCGUCCCUUCUGGUCCUCCGACUCCGGCGCCGCCGCCACCCAGCUUGUCAUCGCCGCCAACCCGGCCAUCACGUUCCACUUCCUCCCUCCCGACCCGUCGCCCCCCGACUUCGCGGGAUCCAGCAAGCCCCCUUUCUUCCACAUUCUCCAGCUGCUGCGGCGGUACAACGGCGAGCUCGCGCGCUUCCUCCGCUCCUUCCCGCGCCGCCGCCUGCACUCCGUCGUCACCGGCAUGUUCUCCACCUACGCCGCCGAGGUCGCCGCUGAGCUCGGCGUCCCCGCCUACACCUUCUUCGCCUCGGGCGCCGGGUUCUUCGCCGUCGUCGCGCAGCUGCCGGCGCUGCUCGCCGGCAGGCGGGAGGGCCUCAAGGAGCUCGGGGACGCGCCGCUGGAGUUCGCCGGCGUCCCGCCGAUCCCGGCGUCGCACCUCGUGAAGGAGCUGCUCGAGCACCCGGAGGAGGACCUGUGCAGCGCCAUGGUCGACGUCUGGAGGCGCAUCGCCGACAUGAAUGGCGUCGUGGUGAACACGUUCGAGUCGCUGGAGCCCCGCGCCGUGGAGGCGCUCCGGCAUUUCCGGUGCGGCGUCGGCCCCGGCAAGGCGCUGCCGCCGGUCUACUGCGUCGGGCCCAUCGUUGGCGACGGUGCGGACUCGGCGGCGGACCAAGAGACGCAAGAGAGGCGCGACGGGUGCCUUGCGUGGCUGGACGCGCAGCCGGAGCGCAGCGUGGUGUACCUCUGCUUCGGGAGCAGGGGCACGCUCCCGGCAUCGCAGCUCCGGGAGAUCGCCGCCGGGCUGGAGAGAUCCGGGCACCGGUUCCUCUGGGUGGUGCGCACGCCGGCCGGCACCGACGACCCGAAGAAGCUCCUGGAGCAGCGCCCCGAGCCGGACCUGGAGGCGCUGCUCCCGGCGGGGUUCCUGGAGCGGACCCGGGGCCGGGGCCUCGUGGUCGCGUCGUGGGCGCCGCAGGCCGCCGUGCUCCGGCACCCGUCGGCGGGCGCGUUCGUGACGCACUGCGGGUGGAACUCGGUGCUGGAGGCCGUCGCGGCCGGGGUGCCCAUGCUCUGCUGGCCGCUCUACUCGGAGCAGAUGCUCAACAAGGUGCUGAUGACGGAUGAAGGGGGCAUGGGCGUCGCCGUGGAGAUGGAGGGGUACGCGGCGGGGUUCGUCGGGGCCAAGGAGGUGGAGAGGAAGGUGAGGCUGGUGAUGGAGUCCGAGGAGGGGAGGGAGCUCAGGAAGCGGGUGGCCGCGCGCAAGGAGGAAGCGGAGGCGGCGCUACGGGAGGGAGGCUCGUCGCGGGUUGCGUUUGACCGGUUCUUGGCGGACGCGGAGGAGCUCCAUGGGCAGCUCGGCAAUUGAUGAACUUGAUUUCGAUCGAUUAGGAGUUUUACAUUUGCCGAGGAACAUCCGCUGGAAUAAAGAAGCAUGGCGAAGGACGUUUGUGUGUGUCUAGCUGUGUAAAUGUGAAUGAAUUUGCGCUUGCGUUACUGAGCACCACGGCUGAGUCAAAAAUCCACAGGUGUGUUCCAGGCGCUGUGAUCAGCUAACCUGAUGAAUUGAUCUAAAUUCUAUCC